GAAGACACAAGAGAAGGAAACAACAUGCACAAACAACACAGACAACAACACUUAACAAAGUCCAACAGAUUUGUAAGAUGAUCUUGCUUUUAUCAGAGGUUUGGGGUCAACCGCCCUUGAAUUAGAUACAAUACCCAACACAAGAAAGUCAGAGAUUCAGAAAAUGUCAGAUUCAGACAAAGUUUUCAGCAAUAAUUUGGACUGUGGCUCUAAAGUUGUGCAACUGGCCAGCAGAGGUGAAUGGAUUGCGGUGGAACAGAUGUUAAAAGGCAUCGACAAAGGGGAUCUUGGUCCUUCGGAAUACGAACAAGAGUCGGGUUUGACACCCUUAAUGAUCGCCGUGAAGGAAAACCGACUGUCCGUUGUCGAGAGGUUCCUUGAGCUGGGAGUUAAUCUCUCCGACAGAUCGAGUGAUAAUCGUACGGUUUUACAUGUGGCAGCUGCUAAUUCUAAAGACGAAAUUGUUAGACUUCUCUUAAAUAAGAAGGCAGAUCCAAAUAUUCCCGGAGGGCCAAAGAAUCAGCUUCCUGUUCAUUAUGCAGCUCUUCGUCCCAAUGGGACUGUCAGUGUCAUACAAACUCUGCUAAAAGCAUCCCACAAGGACGCAAGACUUGUUCAGGACGAGGAUGGCUGCAUCCCAUUAUUUCUGGCUGUGGACUCUGGUAACCUCAGUAUCUGUAAAGAACUCUUGUCAGUACAGCCAGAUGUCCAGCUCAAAGCGACUAGCAAGAAACACGGUGACACAGCACUCCACGCAUGUUGUAGAAAAAGAGACGUGGACGUUGUGAGGCUGCUGGUUGAAUAUGGAGCUCCCAUUGAUGGGCAGAAUAGGGACGGCCAGACCCCUUUACACAUUGUAGCUGCCGAAGGAAAUGAAACAUUGCUUAAAUUCCUCCAUCAAUGUAAAGCCAACCCGAACAUAAGUGACCAGAUGGACCGGUGUCCUUUACACAUUGCUGCAGAGAGAGGACACACCACUGUUGUUGAAAUUCUCACUGAGAAGUUUCGUUCCAAUGUUUUGGCUCGUACUAAAGAUGGCAGUACCCUAAUGCACAUUGCUUCGCAGUGCGGGCAUCCAGAAACAGCACUGGCAUUUUUGAAGAAGGGGGUUCUGCUUCAUAUGCCCAACAAGUCAGGAGCAGUGUGUCUACAUGCGGCGGCCAAGAGAGGACAUACUGCUGUCGUCAAAGCUCUGUUACAAAAGGGCGCUAACGUGGACGCUCGAACCAAGGAUAAUUACACAGCCCUGCACAUUGCCGCUGAGAACUGCAAGCCGCAAGUGGUGCAGACAUUGCUUGGCUUUGGGGCACAAGUGCAGCUGAAAGGAGGAAAGGUUCAGGAGACCCCCCUUCACAUUGCGGCCCGUGUUAAGGAUGGCGAGAAGGUGGCGGAGAUGCUGCUGAAGAGUGGGGCGGAUGUUAAUGUGGAGCAGGAGGACGGUGAGACAGCAAUGCACGUAGCGGCUCGUCACGGGAACUUGAAGGUGCUCACUGCGCUGAUUGAAGAUGGAGGUGAACUCACUUGGCUGUCAAAGUCUAGAGAAAGCCCUCUCCACACCGCGGUUCGACAGUGCCAGCUACCUGUUGUACAAGUUAUUCUCAAUUACUUGGCCAAUGAAAAGAGCCGAGCAGACGCUGUAGCCUGUGUUAACCAGGCCAACAAGGAUGGAGAGACGCCCCUGCACUUGGCAGCCGCAGUGAAAAAAGAUAUGAUCAGCUUGGAAGAUGAUGAUGUUAAAGUUAUCAGGAUGCUUAUGGAAUAUGAUGGUGACAUCUCGUGCACGACAAACCAGUCUUUAGAAACCCCACUGCAUUACUGCGCCAGGAUUGGGAAUGAAGAUGUCUUACUUGAAAUAAUCAAACAUAUAGACUCCAGCCGAAUUCAACAGACGAUAAACAAGCAGUCAGAGAACGGGUGGUCUCCUCUUCUUGUGGCAGCUGAGAGAGGUCACACUGAGGUGGUAAAAAUAUUGUUGCAGAACCAUGCCCGGGUAGAUGUCUUUGAUGAGCACGGCAAAGCAGCACUGCACCUUGCGGCAGAGAACGGCCAGGACAGGAUAGCUGAUAUUCUGCUGUGGCACAAAGCAUUUGUAAAUGCAAAAACAAAGCUUGGAUUAACGUCCCUUCACCUCUGUGCUCAGAAUGGAUUUAACCAUCUGGUGAAAUUGCUUGUAGAAACCCACCUCGCCAGCAUUGAUGCCAUGACCUUGACCAUGCGAACACCCCUUCACCUGGCUGCCCUGAAUGGUCAGCUCGAUGUAUGUAACAGUCUUUUAAUGAUGAAGGCCGAUGUCGACGCGACCGAUAUUGAAGGCCAAACUCCUCUCCACCUGGCAGCAGAAAAUGAUCAUUCGGAAGUUGUGAAACUAUUCCUGAAACACAAGCCUGAGUUGGUGAUGUCUGCUAACAUGGGCGGCUCCACGUGUGCGCACAUUGCAGCCACGAAAGGCAGUGUUGCAGUAAUCAAGGAACUCCUCAGAUUCAACAAGACUGGAGUAACCACAACACGCAACAAGACUAAUGACUCCACGCCAAUGCAUCUGGCUGCCGCGGGCGGUCAUUCAGAGGUGGUCAAGGUCCUAUUGGAAACUGGUGCGUCCGCAUCGGAUGAGAACGGGGAAAGAAUGACCGCAAUCCAUCUGGCAGCUAAGAAUGGACACAUUAAUGUACUCGAAGUCUUAAAAGGCAGUGUCUCAUUACGCAUUACCAGCACCAAGACUGGGUUUACAGCUCUCCACGUCGCAGCUCAAUAUGGCCAGAUGGAUUUCGUCCGAGAAAUUUUGACCAAAGUGCCAGCAUCCGUGCUAAGUGAACCUCCCAAAGUGGCCCCAGACUCACUGCUUCUGAAAGAACAAUGGACCGAAUCAGGAUACACACCGUUACAUCUGGCUUCACAAUCGGGUCAUGAAAGUCUAGUUCGUCUUUUAUUAAAUUAUCCAGGAGUUCAAGUUGAUGUGGCCACCAGCCAGCAGGGUUCCACGCCAAUGCACCUCGCAGCCAAGAAUGGUCACACUGCGGUUGUCGGUCUCCUGUUAAGUAAAUCCACCUCCCAGCUGCACAUGAAAGACAAACAAGGGAGAACGUGCCUCCACCUGGCGGGUUCCAAUGGCCACAAUGAAACAAUGAGAGCUCUGAUUGGUCAAGGAGCUGAGAUAAAUGUGACCGAUAAGAAUGGCUGGUGUCCUUUGCAUUUUGCUGCAAAAUCUGGCUUCCUGGAAACUGUUCGAUUUCUCAUAGAAUGCGGCGCAAACCCAGCUUUGGAAUGUAAAAACGGAAAGACGGCAAUACAGUAUGCCGCUUCCGAAAAUCACCAGGAGGUGGUAAGCUUCCUGCUAAAGAAGACUCAUAAUACGUUAAGGCUGCUCGAGGACAGGAAGUUCGUUUUCGACCUCAUGGUCUGUGGGAAGUUAAACGACAACCGGAUCAUAGAGGAAUAUGUUCUUAAUUCCACUGCCCCUUUGGAUAUGGCUGUCAAGCUUUCUAGAGCCUUCAGCAUUGCUGGCCUCAAGGAGAAAGAAAGGGCAGUGGACCUUCUGAACGCUGCCAAGUACAGUGAGAGCAUGGCCACCGAACUGCUCACUAUAGCCUCUGGAAGUAAAAAUGCUGGGUACAUCCUGAGGGCGGUAGACCACAGAGGCACCACUAUAUUGGAUUGUUUAAUAGAAUGCGAACAGAAAGAUGUAGUGGCACACCCAGCUGUCCAGAAAUAUCUGACAGAUGUUUGGUACGGCAAUUUGGACUGGGCAGCUUGGAAACUAGUCCUCCUGUUUUUUAGUUUUUUAGCAUGCCCACCGGUAUGGCUUGUGUUUUCUCUACCUCUCAAACACCAAUUUAACAAAAUCCCUAUCAUGAAAUUCAUGAGUUAUUUGGCCUCUCAUAUAUUCCUGCUCGUAUUGUUCAUCCUAACCAUUGUCUACCCACCACUUAGCCCAAUUUAUGAAGGACGCACCAUACCGUACUGGAAUGAAUGGUUGUUGCUAAUGUGGCUAUUAGGUACCCUGGUUUCUGAGCUCACCCACCAAGGAGAAAGAGCAGGUCUUGCCUGGAUACGUGUUUUUGUUUUAGGAUUUUCUGCAGCUGCCUUUUUCUGCCAUUUGCUUGCUUUUUUCUUUACAGACAUUGAUCGUUUACACUGCCUUUUUGCCAGAAAUAUAUUCCUUGGUGUUGCUAUGACCCUCUCAUUUGUCCAGUUCCUGGAGUUCCUUACCUUCCACCAUCUCUUUGGACCUUGGGCAAUUAUCAUAAGAGAUUUAAUAAAAGACUUGACAAGGUUUGCUGUCAUUCUAGGAUUGUUUCACAUAGCUUUCACCAUGCAACUUUCAGCCGUUUACCAACCCGUAUAUCCAGCAUUUAAGACAAACCAGUCAGAUAAUGGAACUGUGUCAGAUAAUUUUAACAUUCAAGAUCCCAUUGAUAUAACAGUCCUUUUGUUUUUCUCUUUGUUUGGUCUUGUUGAACCAGGGUGCCUUCCACCCAUCAGCCGGACUCCUCAAUUCACUUUUGUUAUUGUCCGCUUUGUGUUUGGAGUUUACCUUAUGGUUACAUUGAUUGUUCUGAUCAAUCUCCUGAUUGCUAUGAUGAGUGACACUUACCAGAGGAUACAAGCUCAAUCGGACACGGAGUGGAAAUUUGGGAGAGCCACACUGAUUCGCGAUAUGACCAGAAAGCCAGCAACGCCUUCACCCUUCAACUUGUUCACCAACUUGUUUUACUACUUAAAAUUGCUAUGUAAAUACAAAGGGGACAUUUGCUCUGCUAAUGCCAGAAAUCUUAUGAAUGAAGAGGAGAUGGAUAGGUUUUCCGAUACCAGAUCUAUUGACCUGCUUGCACAUACAUCGAUUGGAUGGAUAAGGAACACAGCCAAGAGAACAAUGCAAGUAUCACCAGAAGGUGGAUUACAACGUGAUCCGUUCUUAGCUGGCCCUGUGCACGUGGAUGAAAUUAUAAACUGGAACUCUGUUAUUCUCCGAUAUCUGGCCCUGAAAGGACAGUCUGAUGUAACGUUACUUGGAAGGGAAGUUUCUCCAAGCAGAGAGUUAUCUAACAAACUGGUUCCUCUUCACACUGCUAGCUCAAAACUCCAAAAUGGGCUGAUCUAACGCCUCUUGCAUAGCAGACACAGGUGCCAGAACUAAAACUUUGGGCACAGAGUGGACAUGUCCCCCAAACAAAACUUUACGUUAUACAGUAGAACAUAACAAAUGGUCC